GGUAAAAUGUCGCUGUCUCCGUUUUUCCGGUCCCCGUUUACCGAUAUCACCGCUUGUCUGAUAUCUCAUCAGACGUUUGGCAAAUGCCAAAAAGAAGAGAUGCGCUACAUGGACUGCCUUGAGGUGUACGGCCUGGAACGGGGAAGAGUCAAAUGCGAGAGACUUUUCGCCGAUUUCCAUGAAUGCCAAACGAACACUUUGCAAUUCAAACGAUUUAUGGCAAUGCGCGCGGAAAGGGAUCGACAAAUAGCUGAAGGUAAACUUAAGGGCGAUGAAAAAUUCGUAACUCCAAGGAUUGACAGUUUUUGAUCAUUAAUCACUACUUUGUAAAGUAAAAAAAUAAUAUAUUAGCAAUCUGUAAUAAGUGUAUGUAA